CGUCACUUGAGUGGGAGUCGAAUCUUCUCCGGAAUCGCUUGCUUUCAUUUCUGCACGAGCGCCGCUUCACUUCGCUUCACUUCGAACCAAAACAAACGUCGCCCGACGCGCCUCGGUCGGUCAUUCCCCCGCAUCGCUGAGGGAUUAUUCGGUGUUUUCUGCGAAAAGGCGGCCAGUACAGCCAGAGGAAAGAUGAGUGUGGAGGCGUACGGGCCGAGCUCGCAGACGCUCACCUUCCUGGACACGGAGGAAGCGGAGCUGCUCGGGGCCGACACGCAGGGCUCCGAGUUCGAGUUCACCGACUUCACGCUGCCCAGCCAGACCCAAACUCAGGGCCAGACCCAGAGCCAACUCGACAACCAGGUGAACGGGCCUGAUGGCGUUCUGCCCAACGGAGAGGAUGCAGUGGUGAAGACCAGCCAACUUCUGGCCGAGCUGAACUUUGAGGAGGAUGAGGAAGAUACGUACUACACUAAAGACCUGCCGGUGCACGCCUGCAGCUACUGUGGUAUCCAUGAUCCAGCAUGUGUGGUCUAUUGCAACACCAGCAAGAAAUGGUUCUGCAACGGCCGCGGUAACACCUCUGGCAGUCAUAUUGUGAACCACUUGGUGAGGGCCAAAUGUAAGGAGGUGACGCUGCAUAAGGACGGACCGCUGGGAGAGACGGUUCUGGAGUGCUAUAACUGCGGCUGCCGUAAUGUCUUCCUACUCGGCUUCAUCCCGGCUAAAGCCGACUCUGUUGUGGUGCUUCUCUGCAGGCAGCCAUGUGCCAGUCAGAGCAGUCUGAAGGACAUUAAUUGGGACAGCUCUCAGUGGCAGCCCCUCAUCCAGGACCGCUGCUUCCUGUCCUGGCUCGUGAAGAUCCCGUCCGAGCAGGAGCAACUGAGGGCCCGUCAGAUCACGGCACAGCAGAUCAAUAAACUCGAGGAGCUCUGGAAGGAAAACCCAACAGCGACCCUGGAAGAUUUGGAGAAACCUGGAGUGGAUGAGGAACCUCAGCAUGUUCUGCUACGCUACGAAGAUGCCUAUCAGUACCAGAACAUCUUUGGGCCGCUGGUCAAACUAGAGGCCGACUAUGACAAGAAACUCAAAGAGUCCCAAACUCAAGACAAUAUUACAGUGAGGUGGGAUUUGGGACUGAAUAAAAAGCGGAUAGCUUAUUUCACUCUGCCCAAGACGGAUUCAGGUGACAUGCGACUGAUGCAAGGAGACGAGAUCUGUCUGCGCUAUAAAGGAGACAUGGCUCCGCUGUGGAAAGGAAUCGGACACGUCAUCAAAGUCCCAGACAAUUAUGGAGAUGAAAUUGCCAUCGAGCUGCGCAGCAGUGCUGGUGCUCCUGUGGAGGUGCCACAUAACUUUCAGGUGGACUUUGUCUGGAAGUCGACAUCUUUUGACCGAAUGCAGAGCGCCUUGAAGACGUUUGCCGUGGAUGAGACCUCUGUGUCCGGCUACAUCUACCACAAGCUGCUGGGUCAUGAGGUGGAGGACGUUAUCAUCAAAUGCCAGCUGCCCAAACGCUUCACUGCACAGGGCCUGCCAGACCUCAACCACUCGCAGGUUUAUGCUGUGAAGACGGUGCUGCAGCGACCUCUCAGUCUGAUCCAGGGGCCUCCAGGAACCGGAAAGACUGUCACCUCUGCCACCAUCGUCUACCAUCUGGCCAGACAGGGCAAUGGUCCGGUGCUGGUUUGUGCUCCGAGUAACAUCGCAGUGGAUCAGCUGACAGAGAAGAUCCAUCAGACGGGGCUGAAGGUGGUUCGUCUGUGCGCUAAGAGUCGUGAGGCCAUAGAUUCACCUGUGUCUUUCUUGGCUCUGCACAAUCAGAUCCGCAACAUGGACAGCAUGCCAGAGUUGCAGAAACUGCAGCAGCUGAAGGACGAAACUGGCGAGCUGUCGUCUUCUGAUGAGAAACGUUACCGAGCUCUCAAACGAACCGCUGAGAGAGAGCUGCUCAUGAAUGCAGAUGUGAUCUGCUGCACAUGCGUGGGUGCGGGUGACCCUCGCCUGGCUAAAAUGCAGUUUCGCUCCAUCCUUAUUGAUGAGAGCACACAGGCCACGGAGCCCGAGUGCAUGGUGCCAGUGGUGCUCGGGGCCAAACAGCUGAUUCUGGUGGGUGACCACUGUCAGCUGGGUCCUGUGGUCAUGUGCAAGAAGGCGGCUAAAGCAGGUCUGUCUCAGUCUCUGUUUGAGAGGCUGGUGGUCCUGGGCAUCAGACCCAUCCGUCUGCAGGUGCAGUACCGCAUGCACCCGGCCCUCAGCGCUUUCCCUUCAAAUAUCUUCUACGAGGGCUCUCUGCAGAACGGCGUCACCGCUGCUGAUCGCAUCAAGAAAGGCUUUGACUUUCAGUGGCCUCAGCCUGAUAAGCCCAUGUUUUUCUACGUGACCCAGGGCCAGGAGGAGAUUGCGAGUUCUGGCACCUCCUAUCUCAACAGGACUGAGGCUGCUAAUGUGGAGAAGAUCACCACCCGUCUGCUGAAGGCCGGAGCCAAACCUGACCAGAUCGGCAUAAUUACACCAUACGAGGGCCAGCGCUCUUACCUGGUGCAGUACAUGCAGUUCAGCGGCUCACUGCACACCAAACUAUACCAGGAGGUGGAGAUCGCCAGCGUGGAUGCGUUCCAGGGCAGAGAGAAGGACUUCAUCAUCCUGUCUUGUGUCAGAGCUAACGAGCACCAGGGCAUCGGCUUCCUGAACGACCCGCGUCGUCUCAAUGUGGCGCUAACCAGAGCCAGAUAUGGCGUGAUCAUUGUGGGCAAUCCUAAGGCUCUGUCCAAGCAGCCUCUGUGGAACCACCUGCUGAACUACUACAAGGAGCAGAAGGUUCUGGUGGAGGGACCGCUGAACAACCUGAGGGAGAGCCUCAUGCAGUUCAGCAAACCACGCAAGCUGGUCAACACCAUCAACCCUGGAGCCCGUUUCAUGAGUACCGCCAUGUAUGAUGCGAGAGAGGCCAUGAUUCCUGGAUCUGUGUAUGAUCGCAGCGGCACUGGACGUCCAUCUAAUAUGUACUUCCAGACUCAUGACCAGGUCGGCAUGAUCGGGACUGGGCCGAACCCAAUGGGCUCCAUGAACAUCCCCAUCCCGUUCAAUCUGGUCAUGCCGCCCAUGCCUCCGCCUGGGUACCUGGGCCAGGUGAACGGACCUGCUGCCGGUCGUGGUGCUCCUAAAGGUAAGACCGGGGGUCGCGGAGGUCGUCAGAGGAACCGUGGCACUGGUAACCACGGCAGCGGGCAGCCCAACAUGCCAAGCAGCCAGGCCAGUCAGGACCUGGGGUCCCAGCCCUUCUCUCAGGGUCCACUGACCCAGGGCUACAUCACCAUGAGCCAGCCUUCACAGAUGAGCCAGCCUGGACUGUCCCAGCCUGAGCUCUCACAGGACAGCUACCUGGGUGAUGAGUUCAAAUCCCAGAUGGAUGUGGCACUUUCCCAGGAUUCCACCUACCAGGGCGAACGGGCAUAUCAACACGGAGUGACUGGACUCUCACAGUACUAGAGUGUUGUUGGAACAGGAGCUAGGCCUGUGCUGAGCUUAGUUCAUCAGCAUUUUAAAUAUGGGUAAAUAUAAAAAAAGAACAAACAUGGAUGCCCGUUUACCACUGUUACAACUGAAGCACCAUGGUGUGAGAGCAACAGGAGAGAAUCAAACCAAUCACAGGAGGGAGUGAAGCUGGACAGGACGAAAGAGAACAUGUGAGUGGCGGACUACAUCCACCAUUCGUUGAGGACGGGGAGGAGAGGGGAGACGCAGUGUUAGGAGGAGACCAAACACGAGAUCUUCGAUCUGCAACUCCGCAACGUGGAGGAGGCUCCUGGAGCGCAGGGGCCCUUCCCAGCCUCCUCUCUCUCUCGCCUGGCUGCCGACGUCAGCCUCAGGCCUUGCCCUGCCAACAGAGACGGAGCCAAGAUGAAGUUCUCUUAAAACUACCUGCAAAAACCACGCUUGCUCUGUCGUCUCCACGAGCUGAGAGAGGGGGUGACGUAUUUCAAGUAAUUAUAAACGCUUUCCAAGCAGCUGAAUUUCGGGAAAAUAAGAGUUCCCCUCAAAGUUGACAUCUGACAUUCAGGUUGUACCACCGCACAUCUUUGAGAGAACGGACGCCUUUGGCACGAGUUUUCGCGGUUUGUUUCAUUCGCUUCGGAGCGCCUCUCGUCUCCAACCAAGGUGCUAGGACACUCUGAAGGACGAUUCAACUUUGAGGAAAGUUUUCUGCCUGAAGUCCGGGAGGGUAGAGGUGCCGUAACAAACGGAAGGCCUGUCGCAUCUCGUCUGCUCUCCGCUAGGUGAUUAGGGGUAGAAAUGGCUUUGGGAUGUUUCUUUUUCCUUUUAAAUGUUUUGUCCCUUGCCGAAGGGACCGACGGAUCUAUCCUUUCUUAUUUUCCUCUUUGUUUUAAAAUGUUUUUUGUUCAACUAGAAUAAAAGCAGUCAAGUAGAACCGCUCGAUUUAGCUUGCUUGAUUUAGAUGUGGCUUAAAAAUCAAUCCAAAUCACUAGGAUCUGUGGGUCAGGAACGUCGUCAAAAUCAGGUGAAACUUGUUCAUCUGAAUCUUUUCGAUUUGGUACGAGACAAAAGUGUCAAUCACAGUAGACCCCUCCCACUGCUAUUCUGUCCAGUCAGGACGCAGUCAUAUUGUUGUGCCCUAAUCGCUUUAGUUGUUCCUCAGAGAAAGCAGAAGGAUGAAGCACAGACAGGUGAGAUUCUCGCUGUUUUUGUGUCUGACCGUAAGAGGCUCUCGUCUUACGCUCUUGCGUUAUGAUGUCAGUGAGAGCGGACGGUUUUUUACGCCGCCAACAGGUGUGUGCGCGUGCGUGUGUGUUUCCAGAAUGCCCUCCUUCAUUAUUAUUUGUGUUGUGGUAGAUUGUAGUUUUGCAUUUCCCCCAUUCUAGUUGCUUUUCCCCCCUCUUCUUAGUAGCUCAUAUUUUUAUUUGUAUACAGUCUGACGUGAAGUUCUCGUAACCUCUCUCAGUGUGGAAAUUGCUCACGUUUAUUUGGUUUCGACGGACCCAUUCAGAAUUUUACGGCAGCUUUUAACAUCUGUUCCGACCGAUUCCAGUCGCCUCAACUUUGUACUUUUACUUUGGAGUAUUUAUACCUUGAUGUUACUCCAUACUCGCAGCCCUUUUGACUGUUUGAUAUUACCCAAGUACCACCACUCGCAUUUUAUAGCAUCGAGCACAGAUUCGUUUUAAGUUCACAUCCUUUGCUUUCUCUUUUUUUUUUCUUUGCCCACAAGACAAUCAUGAUUCGUUCAUAACCAAGGUCGCAAAAAUGUUUGCGUGACUGAUAUUCAGACUUUUCCAUGUUAACCUCUCAUUUUAGAAUGAACUCAUUCUCUGAAAAUCCUUGAAACGGUUUAGUUUUCACAUUUCAUACUUCAACUGUAAAUAUCAGUGCUCGGAUUUGAUAUGACAUCAGCCAAAUUGUUGCCAAUGACAAUGAGAUGCUAACAUCCACAACAAGGCCAAGGUGAUCCACAGCCAUGCAAUCUGGUAAUUAUAGAGUAUGAAGAGACUAGGUAAUUCUGAGGUUCUGCUGCGAAAGUUGCAUCAAAUUUGAAUGAAAUGUACAAUACCUUUAUAUGCUUUAACUUGCAAUGAAGAGGAACAUUGGAAAAACAUCAGGAUAUGAAGUAUAAUUCAGGAUUUUGUUUUGUGGAAAAAGUUUUCACCCCCACAAUAUGUACUUCUUGUAACGUUAUGAAUAAAUGUUGAUUUCUUUCACCC